AUGAAAGCUCUCGUUUUUGCGGCUUUGUUUAUCUUCAAGGCUGCGGCAGACAUCCAUGACGCAGCACGGUCAGAUGAUCCAGCAAAGAUACAGGAAGCUCUGGACGGCGGUGAAGAUAUCAAUUUAAUUGGACCAGGAGGGCAGAGUCCCCUCAUGCAUGCAGUCCUUACGGGAAGUCCGGCAUCGGUGAAGUUUCUGCUAGAGAAGCGUGCAGAUACCUCAAUCCCGGAGAAGGAUGGAUAUACGCCAAUGCACGGCGCAGGGUUCCAAGGCAGGGCGGAAAUCGCAAAGUUGCUGAUCGCGCAUGGCCUCGAUCCCAGUGACCGACAUAGUGAUGGCUUCACCCCAAUACACCGAGCAUGCUGGGGGAGGGAGCAGCGCCAUGCGGACACGGUGAGGGUCCUUCUGAAGGCGGGUGUGCCCUUUGAUGAAGCUGCCAGCAACGGGCAGAAGCCCCUGGACAUGGCUGCGGGCAACCCUGCCACUUUGAAGUUGCUCCAAAGGCGGGCAGACAAGGCGAAAAAGAAGACUCCUGAGCCAGAGCUUUGA